AAGUAUCUCAAGGGGAGUAUUCGGUAUAUUACUCUUAAAAUUGUGAUGCGUUGUUUAGUGUUCUUGCAGCAAGCUACCAGUAUAGGCCUACUAGAUACCUAUUUUCUGAACCAUGGGAGAUAAACACAAAAUAGUCGAGCAGGAGAAUGGAGAAAGGGGUGGUGUGGAAGCGGAAAAGGAGAAUGAAAACCUUAGGGAAAAUUGGAGCCAUAAAAUGGACUUCUUCCUCUCAGCCGUUGGUUAUGCUGUUGGGUUUGGAAACGUUUGGAGAUUCCCUUAUCUGUGCUUCAAGAACGGUGGUGGUGCGUUUCUCAUCCCGUACAUCAUCUUCUUGGCCAUUGCUGGUGCCCCACUCUACACCAUCGAGCUAUCCAUAGGACAAUUCUCAAGUCUUGGUUGCAUCGGCUGCUGGAAUAUUGCUCCUAUGUUUAGAGGAUUGGGGAUCGGCAUGAUGAUUUUGAACGCAGUGGUCGCCAUCUACUACAACGUCCUCGUAGCUUGGGCGCUCUAUUUCUUGGGAGCUUCCUGUCAGUCCACAUUGCCUUGGUCCAACUGUAACAACUACUGGAACACAGAAAAUUGCUUCGAAUCCAGCUUAAACAAUACAUUCAACCUCACACAGUCGGUUCGACCUAGCGAAGAAUACUGGCAACACCGGGUUCAUCAUCUCUCGGGAGACAUUGGUGUCAUGGGAUCUAUGAACUGGGAAAUGUUUGGGGCUUUUGUCGGAUCGUGGCUUAUCGUCUAUUUCUGCAUCUUCAAAGGAGUCAAAUCAGUCGGAAAGGUGGUGUACUUCACGGCUACCUUCCCUUACGUGGUUCUCCUUAUUCUUUUCUUCCGUGGUGUCACUCUCCCUGGCGCAGGCAAAGGCAUCCUCUUCUAUAUCCGACCAGAUUUCCAAAGGCUUCUGAAAGUAGAGCCAUGGAAGGAUGCCGCAAACCAGAUAUUCUACUCAUUAGGACUGUCUUUUGGAACUAACAUCACACUUUCAAGCUACAACAAAUUCAAGAACAAUGUUUACAGGGAUGCCCUUACUGUCUCAGUCAUUAACUGCGGGACAAGUAUAUUCGCUGGCUUCGUCAUCUUCUCCGUCUUGGGUUUCAUGGCUCACGACAGCGGGCUAGAUGUCGAAGACGUCGUGGACGACGGUCCUGGACUAGCCUUCAAGGUGUACCCUGAGGCCCUGUCCCGUCUACCUGCCCCUCAACUCUGGUCUAUAUUGUUCUUCUUCAUGUUGAUUACCCUUGGUCUGGAUAGUCAGUUUGCUGGAAUUGAAUCACUAGUCACGGCAAUAUGCGAUGAAUUCACUCCUGAAAUGAGGAAGAAAUGGAAGUGGCUUGUCACCGUGUUAGUCUGUGCUGCUGGAUUCCUGUUCGGGUUACCCUUAUGCAUGCAGGGAGGGUUAUACGUAUUGACGUUGAUUGACUGGUACGCGGCUUAUAUUUCCGUUUUCAUCAUGGCUACUUGCUACUUACUGGUCAUUUGCUUUCUUUACGGACGGAAGCGUUAUGUGGGUGACAUCCGGGCUAUGAUUGGUUUCGACGUCUUCAUUUAUUGGCAGAUCUGCUGGGCAGUCAUUUCACCUCUUGUCAUGAUACUCAUUGUGGUAUUAGGAGUAAUAUUCUAUACCCCAGCAUCAGUUGGAGACUACAUCUUCGAACCUUGGGCCCAGGGGGUCGGCUGGCUACUUGCAUGUCUGUCAAUCGCUGCCAUACCUGCGUACGCCAUCUACGCCAUAAUCUUCCACGCUAAGGGAUCACUUUCCGAGCGUCUUUCAUUCUUGGUAAAACCGAGAUGGGACUGGGGUCCAGCGCUGAAUGUAGACCGUAUCGCCCACGGAUACAAGCCAUUCCCUCCCGGUCGAGGCGGACCUAUCCCCGAUGACUAUUCUGGAGAAUACGCUAUGGAAUCUGACGGCACGGCGAUAUACACCCCUUCGAAAGGCGUGUCCAUCGAUUGCGGGAAGUAUACUGUGACGUCAGAUCAGGGACACGGGAUCGAUAACGCUAGCAAUGGAAGCCCACCUCCUUAUAAUAUGGUUAUUUAAAGGAGAAUGAAACUUUUGGAACAAAAUCAAAGAAACGGAUUACGAAAGUUUGAGAAAAAU